AUGAUUACACUCAUUCCUGAUCGCUAUGUUCUUCAGGAGGUUACCAGGACUGACAUGAAUAUAGCGUCGAUAUGCUGGGGCUUCACAUUAGGUUUUGGAUUCUUGACGACCUGGGAAGCGAUACGGCAGACCAAUAGGGCACGAGACCCCCUUAGAUCGACAUAUAUAUGGAUGAUUUGGAUGGAGAUUAUUGUUUGUUUGAUAUUUUCGAUUAUUUGCUGGAUCCACCUAGAUGCGAGUAUUCCUCCAAGCUUUGCCUUCUACUUCUGCAUAUUGACAUUGUGGGCACUCCAAGUCCAAUUCCUCCUCCAAAUCAUCAUCAAUCGUAUUAUUGUCAUUCUUGCCGACCAUGAAAGAGCAUUUUACAUGAAAUGGGGAGUCGCCGCACUGAUCACCGCCGUCAACAUCUCAGUAUACUGCAUCUGGGUCCCGGCUCGUUUGCAGAUAUCGGACAGAUUUGUUCAUAUCAACGAGGUAUGGGAUCGAUGUGAGAAGGUGAUAUAUCUUGUGGUAGAUGCCAUCUUGAAUUGGUAUUUUGUGAGGGUCGUCAGGCAGAGAUUGGUGAAGCAAGGAAGCGCGAAAUAUAAUCGGUUGGUGGUGUUUAAUAUCAGGAUUAUCUUUUUGUCGUUGUUGAUGGACUGUUUGAUCAUUGGGACUAUGAGUCUUAAAAACAGUUUUGUUUAUAUGCAAUUUCACCCCCUCGCCUACACUGUUAAGCUCAUGAUUGAGAUGUCCAUGGCCAACUUAAUCCGCAAGAUAGCCAGCGAGAAGAACGACAUGCGCAUUGGCACAUACGAACUCAGUCAUAGUACCAACCGCAACCACAUCUCUGGUGGAGGUCCGCCAGCUGGCGCUAUGAUGUCGAACGGCGGGGUAGUAGUGCAUAAGGAGGUGAUAGUGGAAAGCCGAGCGGUGGAGGAUAUGGACCAAAGUAGUGAGAUCUCGGGGAAGGAUCAGCAGGAUGAUGAUUCACCUCUACGGAACGAGAGUUGGACUAGAGUUGCUUAUAACACUGAUAUUUCGACAAAUGGCCACAAUGGUCCGAUUGGGCAUGAAGCCUGUUAG